UCUCCUAAACUCCAAAUAGUUGAGCUCUAAUUUCUUUAGUCGUUUGUGACAGGACAACGCUUUCAUCCCAGGCAUUAGCCGCGAUUGGAGUGACUAGAAUGAGGAGAGGGAGGGGGAGGCAGCGCUGGAACAACGCUGUGAGACGGGAGCGCCGGGCGUCUGACGGACCGAUCCGCCUCUGUAGAUGAGCGGAUGCCGGAGAUAGUGCGGCGUCUCUGCCCACCCGCACCCAGCCGCCGCGACGUGCAAUCCCGCCCAUUGCAAAUCCCGCCUCGGCCAUGGCAACUGCCGCAUCGCAGCCGUGGCAGGGCGAGGAGCCCACCUGCCCCAUCUGCCUGCAGGUCUACGCCGACCCGGUGGUGCUGGGCUGCAAGCACCGCUUCUGCCGCUCCUGCCUGGCCGAGGCGACCGACGGCCGCUGCCCCGAGUGCCGGGCGCUGGAGUCCGGUACCGGGGCCGCUGCCGGCCCCGUGCUCUGCAGCUACUGCAGCCGCACCAGGCAAGCUGCCGUCAAGACGUGCCUCAAGUGCGAGGCCUCGAUGUGCCCGCUUCACCUCAAGCUGCACACAGGCAGCGGCGUGUUCCGCAGCCACCCGCUGGUCGACACGGCCGCCGACCUGUCCGCCUGGAAGUGCGCCGAGCAUGAGAAGCUGCUCGACGUCUACUGCAAGGACGACGGCGUGUGUGUCUGCACUCUCUGCACGCUGAUCGGCCGCCACCGCGGCCACCGCUGCGGCAGCAUCAGCGAGGGCGAGCGGGAGCUGCGGGCCCAGUUGUACCGACACCUCAAGACCAUCGAGUGCAACACCGCGUCCGUGCAGGCGGCCUUGAGCGACCUCCACACACAGAAGCUCAACACGCAGAGUCUGAUAACAGAAACUAAAAGGGAAGUCAAGGAGAAGUACGAUGAAUUGAGGAAACACAUUGAGAAUGAAGAGCGCGAUGUUUUCCUGUGUCUCGAUAAGGAGCAGAGCCGGGUGAUCGCAGCAAUUGACAUUCAGAUCUGCAAGCUGGAAAAGGAAAUUAAAUUCUUUGGGAUGUGCCUGGUUAAUUUUAAUGACCUUUCACAGAAGACUGAGAAGCUUUCAUUUAUACAGGGAUUCAGUUCAAUGAUAACCAGGAUAAAGAAUGCAUCCGCACCAUUCAAGUCACCUCAGCCUCAUCCUUGCCUGGAUAAAAUAAAACUGGAUAGGAUAAAAAAUCACACGCAGAAAAAUUACGAGCUUAUUUCCCAGGUGAAGAAGGACAGGGAUCGUCUAAUCUCCUUGUAUGCCGCGCGACCUGCCAAGUAUUUCCAGCAUUUUUUGUUAUCGUAUGUCAUUGCUACACUGUGUGCUAAGUACCAAUGGUGUAACUAUGGUAAUAUGUUGCCAUGCUUGUAGCUAUAUAUCAUCCAUGCAUUACAUGGAAAAUGGCUUCUGGCGUGCUUCAUACAAGGAGAAUAUCGGCCUGCAAGGACAGCUAAUAUUGUGGUAACAUUAUUGAAGAGGUAACUGGAAGAUUUGUUGAGGGCAAUGCCUUUGUUGUAGACUGGAUGGAGGCAUUUGACAAAGAUCCAAAUGACACAUUGAAGGGUAAACAUCGUUACAAUCCAAGGAAAAGUAGGAUGUAAGAUGAAAACUUCCGUUAGCGGCUGAAGUGAAAGUCAAUGGUGGUGUUAGUGGCUGGAGGGUAGUAGCAGAGUGGUUGCAGGCCAUUGAGCCCUUGAUUUUUAUGGCAUAUGUUACUGAUUGGACAAGUGCAGAGGACAUGAUUAAUUAAUUUGUGACUGUCGAUUAUGACAACAAAGGGUCCAGACUGAGGCACGGUAUAAAUGGACUAAUUAGAUGGGUGUAAAAAUGGAGGUCAUGGACAAGGGGAGGGUAAAAUAAUUGUUUGGAUACUAAAAUGUGUGAAGUAACAGAGGGACCUCAGAGAGCAGGUGUACUGAUCCCUGAAAGUUGCAGGAUGGUGAGAUAAGGUGAUAUCAAAAGGUAAUGCAGGAUAUUUGCCAUUAUUAGAUGAUGCAUAGAAUAUAAGUUCAGAAAGGUUACCUUUGAAUUGGCUAUUGGUUAGAUCUCAGCUGUGAACACCACUCCACAGGAAGGAUGUGAUAUUGUUACCGAGGGUGCAGAGGGAUUUAUGAGGAGGUUUAAAGGGUUGGAAUCAUGAAAUGUUGACCAGGCUGGGGUUGUUUACUCAUGAGUAAGGUCCUCUCUGGAUUAUGAACGGAUCCUGCAUUUGGGAGACUGUUGGGGUGGAUUUACUGUCUGCUGUGGGACUACAGGCAUCUUCUGCUGGACAGGAACAGGGCAUUUCUAUGUACCUUUCCACCACCUUUCCCUGAGCCAUAACCACCGGGAGCUGGGUGGAGCUGAACAGAGCUGGGAGCGUUGAGCAGACUCGCUCACUCAUUGAGUCAGUAAGGCCGGCUGGUGGCCACUCUUCCCUCGCCUUCGCACUCUCCCAUCACAGCUGUUUCUGUGAUCUUCUCCCACACGCUACCUUUUAUUUCCAACCUACAAACAGUUUGGGUUGCAAACAGUUUUCAGGAAUGGAACCCUGUGGUAAACCCAGACUAAGGAAAACAGGACAACAAAAAUAUAAUGGACUGAGAUGGGAAUCCCAAACUAAGACUUCAUCUGACAUCUGGAUAACCGUUGCAAAGUAAAGGGUGCCUCAGUAAACCUUGACAAGAGAACCCUACGGACUAUCUCCUGCACUACCAUGGUCUUGCUUUGAAUUGUGUUUCUGCACUGAUGUCUUUUUGCACCGUCUUUUUAUUUUACUGUCUUGGAUGAUUAUGUAUAAUUUAUGUUUUUCUAUGUUGUUGAGUCUAUGUACUGUAAAUAAGUUUUUCAUUGUACCUGUACCUCACUGUAUUUGUGCAUAUGAUAAUAAAUACAUGACAGACUGUAUCUGACUUUUCCCCCAAUUCAGAAGCACAGGGGGCAACUUCAACACAUAUUGUAGCUCCCUGGCAGGCAUCAACUUUCUGAUCAUUUCCCAUUGGCUAAUGGGAGGUGCAGCUCCAUCAUACAGAUCAGCCAACGGCUUCCUGUAUUGGGACAUAAAUAUAGAAUUACAACUUCUCUCGACCUCAAGGCAGAGAUGGUGGCUUCCUGUAAGGCAGAGGCUUCAUGCAGACUGUGACAACUGUAAUAACAACCAGUCUCGGACAGAAAUCUUAGAAUUUGGGGUUCAGUGAUG